AUGGGACAAAGUCACCAAGGAAUUCUUGUCCUAAUUCUACAUUACCCAGAAAAUAAAACGGCGGAGGCUAGAGCUUUGAUUCAAGGGUUCAAGCAAAGACCUAGUGAAAGCCUCUACGAAGCAUGGGAGAAUUAUAAAGAGUACCAAAGGGAAUGUCCCCACCACGGAAUUCCAACCUAUCAAGUCAUUCAAAUUUUCUAUGGUGGCCUAAGUCCUCAAGGCAAAUCAUGCCUUGAUGGGGGUGUCGGAGGUCCCAUAAUGAAUCGGACGGAAGAGGAAGUGGUGGACAUUAUAAAGGACGUGGUUAAGUACUAUAGAGAUUGGCAAGAUGGUGAGAGUGAUUCAACUAGAAAGAGUGGCUCUUCGGUGUACUCAAUAGACCAUCUAAAUGCGAUCAACGACUUAUCCUCACAAAUGAUAAACUUGGGGAAAGAAAUGACCGCGAUCAAGGCCAUGUUGGAAGGCUCCUUUUCUUCUCAAGCUUCAAAUUCUCCCUCCCAAUUUAAGGGGAGAGGUACCUUUUCUAACUCUCAACCCCCUCCCUCUUCAAAUAACAUGCCUAGUGGUUGCUUGUUUUGUGAUGCAUGUGGAUCUUAUGAUCAUGACUCUUGUAAUUGCCCUCAUGCUUCUCCGGAAUGUGGUGAUGAUUUUGAUAAUAGUGAGAGUGAGCAUGUGAAUUAUGUGUCAAAUAAUAAUGUGCAAAGUGACAAGAAGUUCAAUGAAAUGAUGACCCCCAACAAAAUACUCGAAAACCAAAUUUCUCAACUUUCUAGUGCUUUGAAAGACAAAGCAAGCCCUUCUUCUUUACCUUCCCAACGCCUAGAUCCCAAGAAACCCGUGAAUGCUAUUGUUACAAGGAGUGGUAAGGUUCUUGAGGAGAGAUUUCCCAGGAGGAGUGAUAACAAGGAGGUCCCCAAGGAAGUUUUGUUUGAGAAUGAGGGAAGUAGAGCAUAUUUAGAUGAGAUUGUGGUUGAGACACCAAGAGAGGUGAAAGUAGAGAAAGAGAUUAUGAAACCCAAGCUCAUUUAUCCCUAA